UCACUGGAAUUCGAUGUUUCCAGACUAAUGCAAGAGAUGGGAGACACAAUGUAAAUUUCUGCAAUCAGUGUUUCCUCCAAGGAUCUCCGCGGUCUCUCUUUGAUCCGAGACAGUACUCUAGGAAGGGUCGCAAUUCAUUGAUUGACUCUCGGUAGUAUAAGAACCCUUUAAGGUGGCGUGCGGUUGUCGUAAUCAUACAUCGGGGGGAUUAUCAGGUACUACAAAAGGAUGUAAAUGUAGGAGACAUAAUGACAAAUUCUUUUCACAAGUGAUGCGAGUAAAUGUGUAAUCCUUCAAGACUGACAUUUUGUGAAAACACUGCAGAAGAAUGAGUAGUGUAUUAUAGAGAUUUAUCUAUUUUCCCUUGACGCCAUUGUUCUAUGCUGAACUGGUUUUAUCAUGAUGACCCUAUGUAAGUCACUGGAAUCUCUUACGUCAUCUCGUCAAAGUCUCGCCACGUCAGUGGAGAAUCAGGAAUCUCCCUACCUUAUUCGUAAAGUCAGUGGGGACCGUAGGUCGGUCCGUCCUGGAGCGCCAUCGGAACCCAACGAGUAUAACUUCAACUAUCACAAGCGUGGCCUCUUUAUCAUCAUCAACAACAAGAACUUUCACCCGUCCACUGGUAAGGAGUCACGUGAUGGAACUGACGCUGAUGCAGAGAGGUUGGAGGAGCGAUUUCAGGAUCUGGGCUUCGACGUCCGUCGAUAUAAUGAUGUGUCCUCGUCUAAGCUACUACAGCUCAUGAAUGAUGCUGCUCAACUUGACCAUUCGGAUUCCGACUGCUUUGGUUGUGCUAUUCUUAGUUACGGAAUCGAGGGGAGGAUCUACGCCACGGAUGGGAUGUUACCGUUAGAUGUUCUCAUUGUUCCAUUCAAAGGAGACAAGUGCCCUAUGUUGGUUGGCAAACCUAAGCUCUUCUUCUUACAAUCCUGUAGAUGUUCAAAUUUGGAACAAUCAGUAGAAGAUACAGUGUCAUACAAAAGUUUUCUGUCUGAGGAGUCGGAGCGCAGUUUUUCCGGAAUGAGAAGAAUCCCAGUAGAGGCUGAUUUCCUUUUCUUUUACUCUACAGUGCCAGGUUUUUAUUCUUGGAGGAAUCAUCAGGAGGGAUCCUGGUUCAUCCAAGCGUUGUGCAUAGUUUUAGAGAACUAUGGUUCCAAGAUGGAGCUUCUGCACAUGCUCACUCAAGUGAAUCGGAUGGUGACGUACGAGUAUGAAUCGUGUUCAGAUGAGGAGUUCACAGAUGACGUCAAACAGAUGCCUUGUAUUGUUUCCAUGCUCACAAGAUAUGUGUACUUCCGGUUAAAGAAACCAGACAUCCGAGAUUAAGACUGAUCCGGAAGAUACGAAUGGGUUGGGGGGAAAUAUCUCCAAAGAUGGAUGUCUCUACACGUUUGAUGCUUAAAGUUUUGGAAGACAAUCUAACAUAACCAGUACAUACUCAUCAAGCCGUGUUUUACAGGUGCAUCUGAAGUUCCACAACAAUAAAUCUGAAAUUUGC